ACGGACGACACCGCCUGCGGGGCUGCGGCUCUGCGCGCAGGAGGACCGGCCCACCCCCAGGGCCGGACCAGAGCCAGGACCCGCCCAGGACCAGGCCUGGACCAGAACCACUCCAGAACCAGGACCGGCCCAGAACCAGGGCUGGACCAGAACCACUCCAGAACCAGGACAGGACCAGGACCGGUCCCGGCUUCGGACCAGGACCAGGACCGGCCCAGAACCAGGACCGGCCCAGGACCAGAACCGGCCCGGAGCCAGGACCGGCCCAGAGUCAGGACUGGCCCAGGACCAGGACCGGCCCAGGACCAGAACCGGGCCCGGCCGGCGAUGCGGCGCUGAGCGGAGCCGACCAUGUCCAGUCCGGACCCCAGCUUCCCGCUGCACCGCCUGGUCUGGGCCAAUCGGCACCGCGAGCUGGAGGCGGCUCUGCGCCUCGGACAGCAUGACAUCGAGCUGGUGGACCCUCGCGGGAGGACCCCGCUGGAGUUGGCCGUGUCUCUGGGGAACCUGGAGUCCACCCGGGUCCUGCUGCAGCACAACGCCGACGUGAGGAAGGAGAAUCGGCACGGCUGGGCUGUCCUGCAGGAGGCCAUCAGCACCGGGGACCCGGAGAUGGUACAGGUGGUGUUGCAAUAUCGAGACUAUCAGCGUGCCACCCAACGGCUGGAGAGUGUGCCCCAGCUCCUCAACCGACUGCGCCAGGCCCCCGACUUCUACGUGGAGAUGAAGUGGGAAUUCACCAGCUGGGUGCCCCUGGUGUCCAAGAUGUGCCCGAGUGACGUGUACCGCGUAUGGAAGCGGGGAGAGAGUCUGCGGGUGGACACUACGCUCCUGGGCUUCGAGCACAUGUCCUGGCAGCGAGGUCGGCGCAGCUACAUCUUCAGGGGCCAAGGGGCGGGCGCGCUCCUGCUGGAGGUGGACCACGACGGGCAGGUGGUGCACACGGAGACGCUGGCGCUGGCCGAGCCCACGCGGCUGCUGGCCUCCAUGCAGCCCAGCGAGGAACACGUGGCCAGUCGGCUCACCUCCCCCAUCGUCUCCACGCACCUGGAUACCCGCCACGUGGCCUUCGAGAGGAACAAGUGUGGAAUCUGGGGCUGGCGGGCCGAGAAGAUGGAAGUGGUCAGCGGCUACGAAACCAAGGUGUACAGUGCCAGCAACAUGGAGCUGGUGACCCGCACCCGCACCGAACACCUCUCGGAACAGGAUAAGUCCCGGAGUAAAGGAGGCAAGACCCCAUUCCAGUCAUUCCUGGGGAUGGCCCAGCAACACAGCUCCCACAGCGGGGCCCCGCCGCCACAGCGCGCCAGCCCCACCAAUCCCACAGCCAUCUCUCCGGACGAGUACUUCGACCCAAACUUCAGCCUGGAGGCUCGGACCAUUGGCCGCCCCGUCGAGCUGAGCAGUCGGGUGCAGAAGUUCAAGGCGACGCUGUGGCUGAGCGAGGAGCAUCCUCUGUCGUUGGCCGACCAGCUGGCCCCCAUCAUCGACCUCAUGGCCCUCAGCAACGCUCACUUCGCCAAGCUCCGCGACUUCAUCACCCUGCGCCUGCCGCCAGGCUUCCCCGUCAAGAUCGAGAUCCCCCUCUUCCACGUGCUCAAUGCCCGCAUCACCUUCAGCAACCUGUGUGGCUGCGACGAGCCCCUGCGCUCCGUCGGGGGUCCGGUCCCCCGGACCUCGGACCGGGGGGCCCGGCCCGGCCCUGGCCCCGGCCCCCGACCCCGACCCGGGCCCCGACCCCGGCCUGGCCCCGGCCCAGGGAACCCGCCGGGCUGCGAGCUGGACCCGGCCGUGUUCGAGGUGCCCUUGGGCUACACGGUGCUGGGCCCGGGCCAAAGCGAGCCGCCGCGACCCCAGGACGACGAUGACCACCUGCUGCAGAUCGCCAUCCGACAGAGCCUGCUGGAGGCCGGCAGCGAGGCAGAUCAGGUGACCAUCUGGGAAGCCCUGACCAACUCCAGGCCUAGCCCGGGCCCACGGCCCCCACUGUCCCCUCACCCCCCAGCCUAUGAGGAGCACCUGCAGCUAGAGCGGGCCCUUCAGGAAAGCCUGCAGGCCGACCCCGAACGCCGAGAAAUGGUGUCCUGGGUCGGGGUCACCCCCGGCUUCCACGAGCAGAUGAGCCUGGCCCUGGAAUUGUCUGCGCUGGAGCAGGAGGAGCGGGAGCAGCGCGGGCGGCAGGAGCAAGAGGAGUUGGAGCGGAUCCUCCGCCUCUCCCUCACCGACCACUGAGCCGCCCGCCCCAAGCCGAAACACCGGACCAAGCUGGGUCGGGAUGCCCAGAACUGUCGGGGUGGAGGAGCGGGUGGAAAUAAAGAGGGAAACCCUACCUCCUUC